AUGUACGGCAAAUGUGGCAGCAUAGAAGAUGCCAAGGGCGCCUUUGAUUCCCUCCACCACCCCAAUGUCUACUCCUGGAAUAUCCUUAUCACAGCAUAUGCCCAAACUGGGCAUAUACAGGAAGCGCGACACGUGUUCCACUGGAUGACCGUCCGCGACGUCGUGUCCUGGACGGCGUUGAUACAAGCUCAUUCCAAGCAUGGGCAAAUUUUCGAGGCAUCCAGAGCGUUCCAGAGAAUGCCUCAACGAGAUGCCGCCACGUGUACGGUGCUUGUGACAGCAUUUGCCAAGACUGGGCAUUUGUCCGAAGCGAGGGGCUUAUUCGCGAAUAUGCAACAAAGAAACGUUGUGGCAUGGACGGCGUUGCUCACGGCAUAUGCUUAUGACGGGCAAACGGCAAUGGCAGAGGGUGUUUUUGCGAGAAUGCCAAGCUGGAGCAUUGCGCCUUGCUCGUCAAUAAUGACGGCAUAUGCCCAGGUCGGUAACGUUCCGUCCGCACAACGAAUCUUUGAUUCCAUGCUCGAGAGGGAUGUGGUUUCUUGGACAGCACUUUUGCAAGUAUAUGCCCGCAUAGGGCAUCUUGGUGCAGCAGAGCAAUUAUUUGACAUGAUGCCAAUGCGAAACGUUUUCUCGUGGACUGCAAUGCUUGCAGCUUUGGCGGAAAACGGGCUGCUAGAAAAAGCAAGAUUCGUUUUCAAAGAAACGCCACAACGGGACAUGGUAAUAUGGCAUGCAAUUGUUUCAGCAAAUGCCCAAUACGGGCAUUUGCUAAUGGCGCGAGAAUUGUUUGAGAAAAUGCCAUGCCACGGAGUCGAGACGUGGUGUUUGAUGCUAGUCCGCUACGCACAGAUUGGAAACCUCAAACAAGCGAUAUAUUUCUUUGAUUACUCUCCCAGGGUGGAUGUGAUCUCUUGCAACGCUAUGAUGUCUGCGUUUGCUCACGAGAAACUUGUAGAUCAAGCGCGCAGGGUGUUUGAGCGAAUGCCGCAGUGGAGUGUAGUCUCCUGGACCGCGAUGCUCGAAUCCCACGCCUCGGCCGGAGAGAUCAAAGAGGCAAGAUCCCUGUUUGACCACCUCCACGAGCCAGACUUGACAUCAUGGAUCGCGAUAGUCGAAGCGUAUGCCCGAGUUGGGCAUAUCUCAGAGGCAAAAAAGCUCUUCGAUCGAAUCCCUUGCAAGGAGAUCGUUUCCUGGAACUCACUGCUUGCUGCCUAUGGCCGGGGAGGAUACCAUCGGGAUGCCGUCGAGAACUUCUGGGCGAUGCAACAGCUGGGAUUCGAUCCAGAUGGUAUCACCUUCGUCACUGUCUUGAGCGCCUACAGCCACACUGGGCGAGUCGAGGAAGCUAGAAACUCCUUCGUUUCGAUGGUGCUGGAUUACAAUCUGGUACCGGCGAUGGAGCACUAUGGUUGCAUUGUUGACGCGCUUGGUCGAUCUGGAAGGUUGUCAAGAGCAUCUGAUUUGCUGGAAAACAUGCCCGUGUGGCCACCAGUGGAACCCUUGACAUCGUAUCUAAGCUCGUGUCUUAACAACACGAACGAUCCUUCCUCUAAAGUCUACACAGUUUCUUCACAAGACAUCAAUCUCUCUCCGCAACUUUGCGUGAUCUAG